AUGGGGCUCACUUUCAAUACAACAUGCAAUGCCACGCUGGAUGAGAUGAGAAUCGGACCCGAAGAUGAGAUACCCAUCGUUGGCCCCUUGCGAUUCCACGACCUUGCCCUGAUAAUUGCCUCGGCAUCGACAUUAGUGGCUGUCUCCUUGAGUCUCUUCUUGAUAUUCAUGCAUGCGACACAUUACACCAAACCCAAUGAGCAGCGGCACAUUAUUAGGAUCCUCUUCAUGGUGCCAGUCUACGCCCUGACCUCGCUACUCUCGCUACGAUAUUAUUGGCACGCCAUAUACUUCACAAUCAUCUCCGAGUGCUACGAAGCCUUUGCUAUUUCGGCCUUCUUCGCCCUAAUGUGCCAUUACAUUGCUCCGGAUCUUCACGAGCAAAAGAAGUUCUUCCGAGCGUUGACGCCGAUCAAGCCAUGGGUGUGGCCACUCGACUGGUUCCGCGCCUGCUGCUGUGGCCAAAGAGGGCCUUGGAGGACACCGGCUAACGGGCUCACUUGGUUCAACAUCAUCUGGAUUGGUAUCUACCACUACAUCGUCAUUCGAGUUGCGUGCACAGUCACCGCCGUUGUCACGCACUAUUUCCACAAGUACUGUGAAAGCAGCAACAGCCCGGUGUUUGCGCACAUUUGGGUGAUUGCUAUUGUUUUCAUCGCAGUUGGCAUUGCCAUGUACUGCCUGAUUCAGUUCUAUGUUCAGCUAAAGGAUGAGCUGGCGCAACAUCGACCUUUUUUGAAGAUAUGCGCCAUCAAGCUCGUUGUUUUUCUCUCUUUUUGGCAGUCGGCUUCUAUCUCGGUGGCAACGGCGCAACUGGAGAUUGUCAAGCCGAAUGAGGUUAUUGCGUAUCCAGACCUCAAGGUCGGGAUUCCAUCUCUGCUUCUCUGUGUCGAGAUGGCACUCUUUGCCAUCUUGCACAUCUGGGCCUUCCCCUAUUCGCCAUACCGCGUUGGGGCUAAGCCUACCUUCUACCCGGUGCCAGACCCAUCGAGUGGAGCAACACCCAAACAGAACGUACAAUCGCCUCCUUCGGGAGGGUUCCUUGGCCUAGCUGCCCUUUGGGAUGCCUUGAAUAUAUGGGAUUUCAUCAAGGCUUUUGGUAGAGGUAUCAGAUGGCUCUUUGUCGGAGUCAAGAAAAGGGGAAGCGAUGGCUCAUACGGGGGUCACAGACGAAAAGGAAGCAACACCAGCAGCGGGGAUCUUGAUCUUGGGAACCUGGCAAAGAGCAGGAACGGGUUCACCAGUACGGAUCACCUACCAAUCGCGAAUCAGUUCCGGCGUAGCAAGUUCAUGUUCGGUGGAGGAGGUAACGGCUCCUCCAACAACACGACAGGCAACGGCUCACGCAGCCUCGCCAGGCCACGACUGUCGCCUGUGCCUCAAAGUCCGCUUAGUGUCAACAGACCGACGAGUGUAGAUGAAGAAGACAGCGGGCUGAUCGCAAACGCGGCCGAGCCUGGUAGGCGUAGUGUCCCAGAACCCCCAUCGCCGUAUCAAGACCACUACCCGGGAGAUCACCCCAACCAUUCUAUGGCGGCGUUCCCAUUUCCACCUGGGGCUUCUGGAAACCAACCGCAGCCUCAGGGUGAGAUGUCAUACUCCCAGCCUAUCACACCUACUAGGAAUUUCUCACGGGGUGGUUCGCAGGCUCCCCCUGGUCGAGUACUUCUUGGGCAACAGAGAUGA